CGCUCCUCAAACAGAACAGAGCAUGAAAGCAAACACCUCAUUGGCUGAGCAGACCAUCAGGAAGAAGAGGCUACUGAACAAACCCGGGCUUGUCACAUUACUGUGAGCAUGCCAUGGAAUCAGAGCACUUCAGACAAACUAAAAGCAGAUGCAGAAACAACCUCAACGUUGCCAAGGUGAACUCUCUAGGUCAAUAUCCAAUCAAAAGGGUGAAGUAUGGCGUCUGUGUUCACUAUCACUACUGGUGAAACACUGAACACCCAUGAAAGCUUCAAGUCACAUCUCCCUUGGGGUUCAUGCAAAAAUGUCUCUAACAGCAAAGACUGUGACGUCAUCCUUGCUUUCUGUCCAGUCACGUCUCGAGUCGGAACUGACAUUGAGGCAGCGUUGCGGGCCAUUCCAGAGGGUAAACCUUUAGCGUUGGUGGUGCUUCACCACACAUUGGACAGCAACUACACUUUGCCCGACACAAAGAGGUUCAUGAAGCGGGCCGACUCCAUCACUGUGGACUGCCUGUUCACCGAUGACGGACUGAUGAGAUGCCCUUGUAAUGAUGACGCAGUGCGAGCUGUCGCCAAGUUCCUGCAGCAACACGGGAAACGCAGUCAGAGAGGCAAGCUGGCCCUGGGCCUGCUCAUCCUCAUCUUGUUGUGUGCGGCCAUUUCCACAUUUUCCAACCAAGCAGCUGAGUUAGUUCAUACCAAGAAAGAACUUGAACUAAUGCAGCAAAACUAUAAGGAAUUGGACAGAAAAGCAAAGAAAGAAAUUAACUAUUUGAAGGAAGAUGUUGAAAACUAUAAGGAAUUGGACAGAAAAGCAAAGGAAGAAAUUAACUCUCUCAAGGAAGAGGUUGAAAAUUGUAAGGAAUCAGACAGAGUAGCAAAGGAAGAAAUUAACUCUCUCAAGGAAGAAGUUGAAAACUAUAAGGAAUUGGACAGAAAGGCAAAGAAAGAAAUUAACUAUUUGAAGGAAGAUGUUGAAAACUAUAAGGAAUUGGAAGGAGAAGCAAAGAAAGAAAUUAACUCUCUCAAGGAACAGGUUGAAAACUGUAAGGAAUUGGACAGAAAAGCAAAGAAAGAAAUUAACUCUCUCAAGGAAGAAGUUGAAAACUAUAAGGAAUUGGACAGAAAGGCAAAGAAAGAAAUUAACUAUUUGAAGGAAGAUGUUGAAAACUAUAAGGAAUUGGAAGGAGAAGCAAAGAAAGAAAUUAACUCUCUCAAGGAACAGGUUGAAAACUGUAAGGAAUUGGACAGAAAAGCAAAGAAAGAAAUUAACUCUCUCAAGGAAGAGGUUGAAAACUAUAAGGAAUUGGACAGAAAGGCAAAGAAAGAAAUUAACUAUUUGAAGGAAGAUGUUGAAAGCUAUAAGGAAUUGGAAGGAGAAGCAAAGAAAGAAAUUAACUAUUUGAAGGAAGAUGUUGAAAACUAUAAGGAAUCGGACAGAAAAGCAAAGGAAGAAAUUAACUCUCUUAAGGAACAGGUUGAAAACUGUAAAGAAUCGGACAAAGAUACUGAAAAGCGGUAUCUAAAGUCCCUGCUGACUCCUUAACUCAGUUUGACAAUACUACAGGAAGCGGUUGGAUAUACUGUAACCCUCACAGGCAGUGCUGCUUUCCAUAAGCUGCUGUGUUUGGUUACACCAUAUUUCACUAAGCAGUGUCAGUGCAAGAAAGUGAUAUUUUUCAUAACUCAAAUAUUUUACAAUACAUCUAUAAUAGUCAGACAUGUUUUCCUGCUGACCACCAAGGUGUGCUGUUCCCUUCAGGAUGUGAUGGACACUAAAGUAAUUUAAUCCUGGUCUGUAAUGAAACAGCUCUUACAUAAAAUGAAUUAUGAACCUA